CAAGAGAUAGUCGCGCUGCUGCGGGAUUAAAAACAUCAAUACGGAUGUGGUGGUUGGCUCAAAAGAAACAUGUCAACUAAGGAGGGUGGAGAAGGCAAAAAUGGUCAACCUGUGGCAUCCCCUGAAAGAAUGGCCACCAACAAAAGCAGAGAAACCCAGAACCAGCAUGGAGUUGAGGCAGCAGGCAGCACCGCGGACACCAGCACAGCAGCAAAAAACUUGGCUUUGCUUAAAGCACACUCUCUCGAUGUGAAGUUUGACGUCGGGGAGGAAUAUGACGUUAUUGAAACCAUUGGCACUGGGGCCUAUGGAGUCGUUUCAUCCGCCAGGAGGAGGGAUAAUGGCCAGCAGGUGGCGAUAAAGAAGAUCUCCAAUGCUUUUGAAGUGGUGACAAAUGCCAAACGCACCUUGCGAGAGUUGAAGAUUCUCAAGCACUUCAAACAUGACAACAUUAUUGCCAUCAAAGACAUCCUGCAGCCGAACCUCCCUCACUCUGCCUUCAAGUCUGUGUACGUGGUGUUGGACCUAAUGGAGAGUGACCUGCACCAGAUCAUACACUCGGCCCAGACACUAACCCCAGAGCACACGCGCUACUUUUUGUACCAGCUCCUCCGUGGCCUUAAGUAUGUGCACUCUGCCAACGUCAUCCACCGUGACCUCAAACCCUCCAACCUGUUGGUGAACGAAAACUGUGAGCUGAAGAUCGGUGACUUCGGCAUGGCAAGAGGUCUCAGUUCACAUCCGGAGGAGUCUCAUUCCUUCAUGACUGAAUAUGUUGCAACGCGAUGGUACCGUGCUCCUGAACUCCUGCUGUCUCUGAAUCACUACAGCUUGGCCAUUGACUUGUGGUCAGUGGGCUGCAUCUUUGCUGAAAUGUUGGGUCGUAAGCAGCUUUUUCCCGGGAAGCACUACGUACACCAGCUCCAGCUCAUUUUGAAUGUGUUAGGAACUCCUCCUGAGGGGUUAAUCGGUGCUAUUAGGGCUGACCGGGUGCGCUCCUAUGUUCAGAGUCUUCCAUCACGGUCCGCCGUGCCUUUGGCCGAACUGUACCCGCAAGCUGAACCGGAGGCUUUAGACCUGCUGGCUGCCAUGUUGCGCUUUGAUCCUCGUGAACGAAUCAGUGUGACAGAAGCUCUGGAGCACCCUUACCUGGCCAAGUACCACGACCCAGACGAUGAGCCGAUUUGUGUGCCGGCUUUUGACUUUGAGUUUGACAAGCUUCAAAUGAACAAAGAGCAAAUUAAAGAGGCCAUUCUGAUGGAGAUUCAGGACUUUCAUCGAAACAAACAGAGCUGUCGUCAGAGACUGCAGUUCCGGCCCUUGCCGAGGGUGAACGGCGGAGCUGCAGCACAAAACAGUAACCAGCGUAACGCUCAGUCAGCGACUGUCAACCUGACCAAGCCUACAUUGGUUCCUAUGGCACAACACCCACAAACAGCACAGAUACAGCAGCAGCAAAUGAGAGAGGUGAAAUCUCAGCAGCAACAGGACCACGCACCAGCAGAAGGGAACCAUGUAUUUACAAAUCAGAUGAAGUCGUUUAAUAAGCCUGCAUCUCUGUUAGAAGUUGCCCCGCCUCAUGUGACCCAUAAUUUGCCUCUUCUCACUAAAAGCGAAGGUGGCCCAGUUGACGUGGACAUGCCCAGUGCCAACUCGGACAGCGGUCAGCCCGAGACUAUAGAUUUAACAACACCAGUGUCGAGUCAGGAUGCGCCAUCAGACACAAUGAGAGACAGUGAGGCUCAGGAGCAGCUAACUAGCAGUCAGGCUCCUCUGGUUCAAAACACCCAGAGCCAGGCCUUGACCCAGGCUCCCACCUCCAUUCCUGCAACACCAGCACAGACCAUGACUCCCCUUCCCACCACUGUGCCUUCCCUUUCUCUCUCCGUGACACAGGCCCAGUCACUUUCUCAGUCCCUUUCACAGUCACUGUCCAAGAAUGUCAGGCCUCCUCCGUGUGCAGCCGAGGGAACCAGAAAAGAAGGCGCCAUUUCAGAGGACACCAAAGCUGCACUUAGAGCAGCUUUAAUGAAAUCAGCUUACAGACACAAAUCCAGGGGUGAGGGAGGUACCUCUGCUCUGGGCAUCGACGCCGGCGCAGGAGGAGGUGUAUCGUCCUCCCUGUCUUCUGUUCCAGAGUCGCGUCGGCCUGUCACAGCCCAGGAGCGUCAACGAGAGAGAGAGGAGAAAAGAAGGAAGAGGCAGGAGCGAGCAAGAGAGAGGGAGAGGAAAAUGAAGGAAAAGGAAAGAAGAGAGGGAAAACAAGGGGAUUCGCUGGGUGGGGUUCUGCUGAGUGACAAUGAUAAAAGCCUUUUGCAGCGCUGGACAAAGAUGAUGGACAGCUGCAAUGAGAAAUCACAGACCUCUAAUAACGACGGAGCAAAGAAGGACAGUAAUGUGAACUCGCACAGAGGUGUUGUUAUUGGUGAUAACACUCAAGGAGCAAUGAACAGUAAAACAGACAAGGAGGGGAGGAAGAUUCAGUCUCAUGAACAGUUAAUUUCUCAAGUUAAACCCAACCAGCCGGGCUUGUUUCAGCCUCCCAGCACCCAGCAACCGUCGUUACUUUUCUCCAUGAGCCAGAGGAAGCCUCCAGCGGAUAUGGUUGUCGCUGUAAGCGGAGGGCUAGAUAUAAUGACCGUCACUAGUGGCUUUGUUAAAAACAACACACUCAAACCUCACAAUGAGAGCAACGGGCAAAGUGGAUUUAACUGUUUGGGGAAUUGGAGCGGGCAGCAAUUAGAGACGAGGCCGCCGCAACAACCAAACAGGACGUCGCAACCAUCGAGCUUUCUGCAGCCCCAGCUCCAACCUCAGAGUCAAACCCAACCUGAUCCUCAACCUCAGUCACAGCUGCUUCCCCUGGAGAGUUUUUUGUCUAAAGCUCCAACACUGAGCACCAGAGAGACAAAUGGGAAUGUGGAUAUCAGGGGUCAAAAUAACCUCAACUCCCACCCUAACUCCUUGACUGCAAGUGCCGGGCCAAUGGAGAAGCUUUGUCCCUCUGUAGGAGAGAAAACUGGACCACAGUCCACGAACCCUCUCUGCGGGGCUUUAGGGGUCCCUUCUCAGCCUCAUCCCAGCUUAGGAUUCACAGAUACUGGACAGCAAGGACCUUCCAUUGCCCCCGACAUCCACACAGUGACACUGCAGCUGUCAAAGUCCCAGGUAGAGGACGUUUUACCCCCUGUGUUCUCAGUCACCCCUAAGGGCAGUGGGGCUGGGUACGGCGUGGGCUUUGAUCUGGAUGACCUUCUCAACCAAUCUCUUACAGACCUGCAACACUCUGACAGUUAUGACUCGGCCCCUCUUUCGGCCUCCCUCUUAUCUGAUUGGAGCGAGAUUCACCGCAUGACUCCGGCGGAUCUGGAGUCGCUGCAGCAGGAGUUGCAGCUCGGCUCUCCCAUGAUUCUCUCCGAUACCAUUCCCCCAGACGCCUGACUGACCCGUUCCUGGAAGUCGACACUUGGAACUGUGUAAAUGUUUUUUUGUACCAUGAAAACUUUGAUUCAAGACUUAUCAAAUUAAUUUAAAAGCUAGCUUUUUUAAAUAGGCACAAUUAAGCCAUCUUGUUUUCUUUUUUACCAUUAUG